AUGGGGGUUCUUUCCGAAGAGGCCUUGCCCGGACUCAUCUGGGACCUGGGCCAGCAGCUGGGAGACCUGAGCCUGGAGUCUGGGGGCCUGGAACAGGAAAGUGGGCGCAGCUCAGGCUUCUACGAAGACCCCAGCUCCACAGGAGGUCCUGACUCUCCACCCUCGACCUUCUGUGGGGACAGUGGCUUCUCUGGAUCUGGCUCCUAUGGACGCCUGGGUCCCUCUGAACCCCGGGGCAUCUAUGCCAGUGAGAGGCCCAAGUCCCUAGAUCUUAAUUCCUUGUUCUCCCUGGAACCACUGCUAAUUGGCCUGGGGAGGGCCCCCUCCUGGCUCUCUCUGUCCCUGGGGGCCGAGGACACCUGGAUCGUGCUCCGGCACCUGUGGCCAUGUCCUUCCGUCCCUCCCUCCACCUGCCUGCCUUGCAUCUGUGCUCCCUGCUGCCUUCCUCUGUCCCUCCCUCCCCCUGCCUCUCGGUCCCCAUCUGAGCGGCUCUUCAUCUCCACUUUCCCUGUCUUCCUGCCCCUCCGACCGCCUCUGGGCACCCUCGCGCGCUCUUCCACCCACGCCCCAGUUGCUGGGUCCCACCACACCGCCACCCUCACCGGGGCCCCAGACGCCCCUAGCCUGCCCCCUUCGCCCCCAUUCCCACCGGCUUUUGACUCCUUGCCCGCCGCAGCCAUGUCCAACAACAUGGCCAAGAUCGCGGAAGCCCGCAAGGCGGUGGAACAGCUGAAGCUGGAAGUGAACAUCGACCGCAUGAAGAUCCGCGGCUUCACCCAGGCCAUCGCCCCGGACAGCAGCGAGAUGGGGGACCUCCUCGCCUUCCGUUUCAAUGCCUUCAACCCCAUCCUGGACCCCUGGGUCUUCAUCCUGUUCCGCAAGGCCGUCUUCCAACGUCUCAAGCUCUGGCUCUGCUGCCUCUGCCCCUGGCCUGCCCGCGGCCACUCCCAGCACCCCCUCUCUCAGCCGGCCUCCGGGGGGAAGGACCCCAGGGCCCCCGCCACUCUCGGGGGGAAGGAGGGGAACUGGGUGCCUUUGCCAGCCUGGGGCGAGGCGCAGGGGGCACGCCUGCCUCCGGCCCAGCGGCCAGGCAGCGCCGUGGGAACGCUGUCCAAAGUGGAGUCCACGGCAGCCUGCUCGCUCUGCUGA